CCGGCGCGCACCGACUCGGUCAUCAUGGCAGAUCAGACCCCGACGCCGACUCGGUUCCUGAAGAACUGCGAGGAGGUGGGGCUGUUCAACGAGCUGGCAAGCUCCUUCGAGCACGAGUUCAAGAAAGCCUCCGAGGAUGAGGAGAAAAAGAGCAACGCAGCCCUGGACAUGUCGCUGCCCUCCACCCCAGACAUCAAAAUAAAGGAGGAGGAGCCGGUGGAGGUGGACUCGUCCCCCCCUGACAGCCCUGCCUCCAACCCACGGUCGCCGCAGAGCAAGGAGAAGGAGGUCGCUCCCAAGCCUGUGAUCAUUUCCACACCAACACCAACCAUCGUGCGCCCCGGAUCGCUGCCCCUGCACCUGGGCUACGACCCCCUGCACCCCACCCUGCCUUCCCCAACCUCUGUCAUCACCCAGGCCCCGCCAUCCAACAGGCAGCUCGGGUCACCCUCAGGUUCCCUUCCGCUCGUCGUGCAGCUGCCAAACGGGCAGACGAUGCCUGUCCUGCCCGGCCCCCCCAUGCAGAUGCCGUCUGUGAUAUCGCUGGCACGGCCCGUGUCCAUCGUGCCCAACAUUCCCGGCAUUCCCGGGCCGCCCAUCAGCAGCAGUGGCUCCGUUUCCCCGUCGGGUCUCCCCGUGCACUCAGAAGCCAAAAUGAGGCUGAAGGCCAGCUUGACGGCGUCUUCCUCGCUGAACGGCAGCAGCCUGCUGGUGGGCUCAGCCAGCACGAUGGUGACGGCGCGCCCGGAGCAGAGCCAGAUCCUCGUCCAGCACCCCGACGCUCCAUCGCCAGCUCAGCCUCAGGUUUCCCCUGCCCAACCCACUCCCAGCACCGGCGGUCGGCGGAGGCGGACGGUUGAUGAGGACCCCGACGAGCGCCGGCAGCGGUUCCUGGAGAGGAACAGAGCUGCUGCCUCGCGCUGCCGGCAGAAACGCAAGCUGUGGGUGUCCUCCUUGGAGAAGAAAGCCGAGGAGCUCACAACCCAGAACAUCCAGCUGAGCAACGAGGUGACGCUGCUGAGGAAUGAGGUGGCUCAGCUGAAGCAGCUGCUGCUGGCUCACAAGGACUGCCCCGUCACCGCCCUGCAGAAGAAGACCCAGGGCUACCUUGCAGAAAGCCCCAAGGAGAGCUCGGAGCCCACCGGCUCCCCUGCGCCCGUCAUCCAGCACAGCUCCGUCACCGCGUCCCCCAACGGGCUCAGCGUCCGCUCGGCAGCCGAAGCCGUGGCCACGUCGGUGCUGACGCAGAUGGCGAACCAAAGGACAGAGCUGGCCCUGCAGCCACACGUCAUCAUGGCCCCACAGUCGCAGUCUGCCGGCAGAUGAUGCUCGUGGCCCCGAGGACUGAGCGCGGCCGCCCCCCUUCCCUCCCCCCCACCGCGGGACGGCGCGGAUUUGGGGUUUGGUUUUCUUUGCUUUGAGCGAAGGGCGGCUGUGGGGCUUCUGAGGCUGCGC